AAUUCAACAUGGAAGGAACUUACGAAUAUGAGUUAGAGAGAGCUGAACUUCUAGGUGUUGAGCCAAUAAGCAGAGAAGCAUGGGAACAGCAGAAUAAGGCAAGACUUGAAGCUCAACAGGAACAAGAACAAUCAGAACUUGCACAAGCAGUCGAAGGAGAAGAUGAAAAAAUAAAAGGAACGCAUGGAAAAAUGGAUGAGUUGAAUAAUGUUUUAUCAGCAACUCAAAUGAAAAUCAACAAAUUUAAGACCGUGUGCGGUAGCUUCACAAGUCUUUUGAAGAUAAGAAGUGGAAGUCCUGCUCCUUCCGAAGAUCGUGGCUCUACAUCCAAUGGUCAAGCUCCGACAAGCAAUAUCAACGAUGCCAUUGAAACUCUUGAUCAAAUGAAAGAAGUUGAAGGACAAUCUGAUAUUCAGUUUGCUAAGAAGCAAUCUCAAGAUAUCAAUCAGAAAGUUUCUAAAAAUCUUGAUGCACUUGAUCGUUUGAUAUCAAAAGCUGAAAAUGCUGAAUUGUCUCUCCAACAUCAAAACAAACAAAUGAAAGGAUUUUUAAACAAAUAAUUCCAAAAAAGCUUCUUCACAUUAUAUUUGAUUGUCUUGUUAAUCUGUUCAUUUUGCGACACAAUUUCAACAUCCACCAAAAACGUUUCCGAAUAAACACGACGAGAAAAGCUGUGAUUUUUUAAAAUGCAAUACUGUUUAUGUAAAAUAUGUGUGAUUAUGUUUAUGAACUUCAAACUGCUGCUGAGCUUCCACCCACAAUGCACACUUGUUGCUUUUACAAACAAAAAAUCUUUCAAACACUCAAAUACGAGAAAUCUCAAUUUCUGAUGUUGAGAAAAGAUUGUUGUGAAAAUAAUAAAUAUAAUAAUUUCAAUUAACAUUAUAAUGAAAAUCUAAUAGUUUUUAGAUUUUCAGAAGCUUUUUCAUCUUAACAUAAGAAACUUUUCCUUCCCUUAAAGUAGUUUGCAGUUGCUUUGAAUAUUUAUUACUUAUAUAUCUAGGCUAGAUAUCUACUUAGCUUUUACAAACAUCAAAAAUAAAAAAUCUCAGCAUAAAAUGCAUAUUGUGAAGUUAAUGUUGUGAAUUAAUUUAUGAUAAUGUUGGAUAUCAAAAUUAACAUGUAUGAAUAAAUAAAUAAUGAAACUUUAUUCAGACAAUUUUCAAUCUUAUGAAAC